CGUCGGUCGCCCGGGCAACCCAAAUCGACAACAAACUUAAAGAGGAUAAGUUAUCAGAAAAUUCACAAGUAACGACCACGAGAGUUUAAACACAUGCUGUAUUUAAUGGUUUAUUUUCAAGUAGCAGUGAAUUGGCUACAAACUCUUUCAAAAACAGAGUUCUGACACAUCGCAGAGGUUAGAUGUAAGUCAAAAAAAGGGAAACUUUUCGGCCUUAUGAGUGAGGUCUGUGUCCGGGUGGCGGUCCGUAUCCGUCCCCUGCUCCGCAGAGAGCUCCUCCACCACCACAAAGUCUGUGUCCGGGUGGUGCCGCCGGGCUCCGCGCAGGUGAUGCUCGGCUCGGACCGCCUCUUCUCUUUCGACCACGCGUUCGGACCGACUGCCAGCCAGGAUGAGGUGUACGAGUCCUGCGUCCAGCCCCUGGUGGAGUCCCUGCUCGACGGAUACAACGCCACCGUGUUUUCUUACGGACAAACGGGGUCUGGCAAGACGUACACACUGGGAGGCGGAAGCCAGGAUGAAGGAGGAAUUAUUGAGCGUGUAGCCCAGCAUGUGUUUUUGUUGCUGGCGACGCAGAAGAACAAUGAAAGUGUGGAAGCCAUGGUGCGGGUCUCAUACAUGGAGCUGUACAGAGAGGAACUACGCGACUUGUUGGACAUGAACACCAAUUAUAAAGAGCUUCACAUCAGAGAUGAUGAAAAGGGGAACACAGUUGUGGUUGGUGCCCGAGAGAUGGUUGUCACCUCAGCCGAAGAGCUGCUCAGUGUUGUUGAGAUGGGAAACGCCCUUCGUCACACUGGCGCAACAGGAAUGAACGAGCACUCCAGUCGCUCUCACGUGAUCCUCACCCUUCAGGUCAACAUCUGUUCUCAAAGCAACAACAACCCAUCUUUAAAGUCAGUGCGGUCGUCCAAACUCUGCCUGGUGGACCUGGCAGGCUCAGAACGUGCUGGCAAAACUGAAAACACUGGAGCACAAUUCAAGGAGUCUGCACUCAUCAACACAGGCCUGCUUGCACUCGGUAAUGUUAUCCGCGCCCUCUCCGACCGUCGGCGAUGUCGACGUGGCAACAGCUGCAGCGGUGCACAUGUACCAUACCGUGAUGCCAAGAUCACUCGUCUCCUCCGGGACUCGCUGGGAGGCAACGCCCACACGGUGGUGGUGGCAUGCGUGAGCCCGUCCCACCACUUUGUUGCUGAGACUCUGAAUGUACUUCAGUUUGCAUCCAAGGCCCGUCACAUUCGCAACUGUCCAGGACCGGCACCCCCUCUAACAGAUAUUAAAUCAGACCCUAACACCUGGCAAUCCGGUGAGGCUCGACUCAGGGAGCUGGAGUACGAAGUUGAGACACUGAGAGAGCUUCUGAAAGAGAAGGAGAAAGACAUGGAAAGGGAGAAAACAGGAAGUUCAGGUGGAGAUGAGGAUGGCUUCAAACUGCCCAGUCAGAUGAAUGUAUCCAAACUGGAUAAGAGGUUGAACCAAGGCAAAGCUGGCCAGUAUCUCCUUUUGGCAAAGGAAGCUGCAACCUUGCUUGCAAAUCUCUCCGAAGCAUCUCCAAGUGAUUUGUUCAGGCAGAAUAUGCAAGACUGGCAGGAGAGACUGGCAGCUGUCAGUCAGUCACAUCAGACAGACAAUAUAGACUGUUCAGAGGGGGCUGGAGACCAACCUCCACAUAUAGCCUCCUUAAAACUGAGAGGAGAUCUCAGCAAGUGUCAGGAAGCUCUUAAAGAAAAGGAACAUCAUUUAGAGCAAAAAGAUGAAGAACUGAGACGGAUUCAAAAAGAAAUUGAGAAACUGCUUGAAGAAAGAAGAACCCUACUAUUAGCUUUAGAGGAAGAGAAUGAACGUUCUCGAAUACAGACAGAACAACUGGUGAACAAGCAGAUUCUGAUUGAUCGCCUUCGCAGCAACCUCAUGGCUGUUCCUGGGAUGACUCCAGGGGCAUCUGGAGAAGCAAGUCCUUCUGGGAACUCAUGCACGAGACCCCACAGUGUCCCUCUGAUUAGACACAGCUCUCUACACCAUACCAGGAAGAUUCAUUCCAGUCCUCCCGCCUGUUCGCUGGAGAGGGUGAUGGCAGCUUUUAGGAUGCGUGGUCAUCUCCUGCUGGCUGAGAUUGAGGAAAAAGAUGAAGUCUACUGUCCAUUCAUUACACAACAGGCAGAAAGCGAAGAAAGGAGUCGAAAUAAUUAUGAAGAGGAGGAGAUGGAAAUGGAGGGAUCUAUGUGCAGAAAGAAAUUUAGGCAUUCCUUAAAUCGAACAUGGACAAGCUGGGAAAAGAAACUACUACUAAAACCCAAAAGCACUGGACUGGAACUGGAUAACGGGAAGACAGCAGAGCAGGAGUCUGAUCAGAUCGCAGACACAAAAGAAAACCUAAUGAAGAAGGUAAGACGAUGCAGCAAUGCUGAAAGAAGAAUCCAUGAACUGACAGUCAACAUGCUCAUGAAGGAGGACCUCAUCAAAGAACUUGACAAAACCGAAAGGGAAACAAAAGUAGUGGACAGAGAUGAUACAGGAGAAGGGAAAAUGUUGGAAAGACUGUCCAUGCAGAGCCAGCAGAUUCGAGCAGAGGUGUACCACAGCCUUCAGAACAUGAGACAGGCGCGAGCAAAGCUUCAGAGGAGCCUCAGGGAGUUGGACGAUACAGCUGAUAGCAACAGAAAACUCUAUCAAGAUAAGGAACAACCUUUGGAGAGUUCAGCUGUCCCUAAAGGCUGUCACCAGGAAGCGCCAGGCAGUACGCUGCACGACAGCAGUUGGCUUGAAGAAGAGGAGGAACGGGUCAUUCAGAAGAGGGCACAGCUGCAGGAGCUGGAAGAAGAGCUGAAGAGAAAAGAGGAGGUGCUGCAUCACAGAGAGGCCUGUUUGCAACAGAAAAACAAACUCGAGAUCAAGAUGCUGCAGUCCAGUCAGGCUUUGAGUCGAGACCUGCUGCAUGUGUCCGUUCAGUUGGAGUUUGUUGAAGAGCAGCUGCAGAGCCAGAACAGUGUGAGAAAAACCAGAGGAGUUACAAUCGGGGGGCUGGAGAAAGAGAGGGACACGCUGAAGAUGAGAAGAGACACUCUGGAAGCCCAGCUGAGGGACAACAGGGUGCUCACUGUGGAGGAGGAGCAUUCCCUUCUCCAGCUGGAGGAAGCUAUUGAGGCUCUAGAUACAACUCUUGAGUUUAAAAACCACUCCAUCCAGGACCAGCAAAAGCACUUGUUAGUUAGAAACUCACCUCUGCAUGAGUCAAAAGACACAGAGCCUGCUGAACACGCUGACAUUACCAGGAAGCUGAAGAAGCUCUCAUUACCUGAGGCCAUUGAGCAGCUGAUCAAAUAUUUCAACAAGGUUGUUUGUCUGCGAGAGGCGGAGCGCCGUUUACAUUUGCAAUGUGAAGAGCUGGAGCUUCAUGCAGGAGAGCAGGAGGCAGCACUAAGGGAGAUGGAGGCAGCUAUGCAGCGUUUAACCCUCGACGCAGACCGCAGGCUCACCCAGCAACACAGGGACCAUCAAAACAUCAUUCAGCUGCUACUAAAGAAACUUAAAGAGGGGGUAUCAGGAGAGGCACAACAACAAAUACAAGAUAGAAUCCAGCAUCUGGAGAAAGAGCUGUUUUUCUACAGAAGCUCCAGUCGCCAGCUGAAAAAGAAGCUCAAAGACGUUUUCAGUGACACUGACAAUCAAUCCCCCUGCACACAAGAGAGCAGACAGAGGCAGGACACUCACAUACCUGUAGGUAGGAAUAAACCAAAAACAUACUGCGAGGAGGCAGGAAAAACGACACAUAUUUCAACCACAUACACAAAAAUAUAUACUGAGCAAACAGAUGCAAAAGAUCUCACACCAUCACCUUCUGUCAUCCAACUACUCCCGAAGACGAAAACCUCUGAAAACAGUAAGGUACUUUCACAGUCCAAUGAAAGGAGUACAAGAGGUCAGCCUGUGCGGAGUUCAGAGAUGACACCUGUCAGACUGUGUCGCAGAGAGCUGAGAGAGAUUCCUGCAGCUGACCUGCAGCUCUAUGGUUCUGCCACUAGGAGGCACCAGUCUGCCGUUAAUUCAAGCUAUGAGUCAAUGAUGGAGGACUCCAUAGAAGUGCCCAGAAACACGUGAUUACUUUCUUUAUUUUCUGUCUGCAAGUGUCUGUAGCAGAUUUCAAGUGGAUGAUAUUAAGGGUUCUGUUGUGUAGAUAAGUGAUUAAAAAAAAACACUGAAUACAUUGUUCCAUUUUUGAAAGAUCACAAAACAUUUCAAAUGAAAAGAAUGAAUUGAGCAUCUAAAAAAAUAAGAACUGUCUGCAAAGAGAAUGUACUUACUGUGUUUCGGUUGAUUUUAUAUAAAGGUAAAAAGUUUUUUUUUUAUUAUUAUUUGUUAACGAUACAUUUUUAAAUAUUGCAAAUAAUCAAAUAUUGUACAGCACCACUCUUUCUAUUAUUUGUUCCUUUGGGAUGCAUAACUAUAAGCUCUUGUCCAGGGCAGGACUUACAUGUGAAAUAUUUAUGUAUGAUUUCCUAAAUGUGUUAAAUUAGGUUAACGAUGCAAAAGUAAGCACUUUUCUGAUUUUGCUUCUCAUAUAUACUAUAUCAUAUAUUGUAUUAUUAUCUUUAUAUCAUUGCUAAUCUCAGUUUCCAUUGUUACUAUACACUGUUUGUUUUCACCUGUUCACUACAUGAUUAUCUCUUCUUUAUAUGCAGGUCUAAAAUAAACAUGUAUUUAUGUUUUUUUUUACUAACUUAUUAAAGUCAGUGAGAA